AUGCUAACCUUCAGACGAGCUCUGAUUGUAGCAGCAUGCUUUAUCUGCAUGCUCUACCUCGUCACACGUUCACACACCUCCCUCCCCACCGAUCGAAUACCACCGCAAGAUUCGCUCCACAACCAAAAGAACAAUAAUAAUGUCGACGCCCAAACCACACGAACGGGCCACGUCCCAACGACCUCGAGCUACGACAACCGACUCCCCCUCAAGAAACCAAAUGCGGGAAGCCAGCAGCUGUUGCAGGACAUGAGUAAAGCGAGUCUGAGGGAUAAAUUGGCGUAUCAGUUCCCGUAUGAUGUCGAGAAGAAGUUCCCGGCCUACAUCUGGCAGACGUGGAAAUACACUCCGGCGUCAGGGGAAUUUGGGGAGAAUUUUAGACCGGCGGAAGCGAGUUGGAGUGAGAAGCAUCCGGGCUUCAUACACGAGGUGAUCACGGAUCAGGUUGCGGUGCAUCUGCUGCGACAUCUGUAUGCCAGCGUCCCGGAAGUGCUGGAUGCCUACCAAUCUCUGCCAUUGCCAGUUCUGAAGGCGGAUUUCUUCAGAUACCUGAUUCUGCUGGCGAGAGGAGGGAUUUAUUCGGAUAUCGAUACGUAUGCUUUGAAGAGUGCGGCGGAGUGGUUACCGGAUAAUGUUCCGAGGGAAGCGAUAGGCUUGGUGGUUGGUAUUGAAGCAGAUCCCGAUCGAGAAGAUUGGGCCAUGUGGUAUUCUCGCAGGAUCCAGUUCUGUCAAUGGACUAUCCAAGCCAAAGCUGGUCAUCCAGUCCUCCGCGAGAUCGUGGCCAACAUCACGGAGGAAACUUUGCAUAAGAAGAAAACUGGCCUGUUGAAGAAUUUCAAGGAUAACAAGGUCAUUGAGUUUACGGGACCGGCUGUGUGGACUGAUACCAUCUUUGAUUUCAUGAAUGAUGAGAGGUAUUUCGAUAUGAGUACCAGCAAGGGGAAUAUCACCUGGAGAGACUUUACGGGUAUGACUGCUGCCAAGAAGGUUGGUGAUUUGGUUGUUCUGCCAAUUACGAGUUUCAGUCCUGGAGUUCAGCAGAUGGGUGCGGAGGAUUAUGAUCAUCCGAUGGCAUUUGUUAAGCAUGAGUUUGAAGGGACUUGGAAACCAGAGAAUCUUCGUCAUAUCGGCGCAACUGAUGAAGGGAAGAGAUAA